AUGAUUUUUUAAGGAAUGAAUUUUAAACGAUUCGCGUACGACUUUGCCCGUCGUUUUUUCCGUCGGAGCAUCAAUCUCAGCCAGUACUCGUCGAUUUUGGGCCUCUUCUCGUUUCUAAUCACCGGUCGAAAGCUUCACAAUACGCUGCCUGCUCCAAGCAGAUGCAAGUGCAUAACCAUGAAGCCGAAGAAAAUGGCGAUCAUCGGUGGGUCUAUGUUCAGUUUUGGGGUUCUGUUCUGUUCGAUAAUCUUCCCACCGUUUCUGAAGUCGCAGAUCAAGAAACAAGUAAGACUGAAAGAUGGUAGCGAGAUGCGCGAAUUGUGGUCGGACUUCCCUUAUCCGUUUGAGUUCAAAAUGUAUCUCUUCAACGUGACGAAUCCUGUCGAAGUAACAGCGGGAGAGAAACCGAUACUCCAACAAGUGGGGCCAUUUUAUUACGAUGAAUUCAAGCAAAAGGUGAAUCUCGUUGAUCGGGAAGAAGACGACAGCGUGGAAUAUAACACGAAGGUCACCUGGUACUUCAAUGCUGCGAAAAGCAAUCCCCUAACUGGAGACGAAGAAUUGUUCGUACCACACGUGGUCAUUCUCACCAUUGUCAAAAUUACUCUGAUGUUACAACCUGGGGCAAUGGGUGUUGUCAAUAAAGCAAUGGACAGCAUUUUCAAGAAGCCCAGUUCAGUGUUCGUGAGGGCCAAAGCAAAGGACAUACUUUUCGAAGGUUUGCCCAUCGAUUGUACGGUGAAGGAUUUCGCCGGAUCCGCGGUUUGUGGACAACUGAAGGAGAAGGAAGCGCAGUUCAGAAAGGAGGGCGAAGGACAAUAUUUUUUCUCCCUGUUUGGCGGAAAAAACGCCACUCCAUCUCACGAACGCAUACGAGUGUUGCGCGGAAUAAAGAAUUACAAGGACGUGGGACGUGUGAUAGAAUUUGACGGAAAACCAGCGCUGACGACCUGGCCGGAGGAUCAUUGCAACACGCUCAAUGGAACGGAUGCCUCGAUUUUUCCACCGUUGAUGACGACGGACGACGACAUCGUCUCCUUCGCACCUGACCUUUGCAGAAGCCUGUCUGCCCAGUAUCGUUUCGAUACCAAAGUUAGAGGUUUAAAAACGUACCGUUACACUACCGAUUUAGGAGACAGCAGCUCGAAUCCCAAAGAGAAGUGUUACUGUCCAACGCCUGAAACCUGUCUAUCGAAAGAUUUGUACGAUUUGUACAAGUGCAUGGGCGUGCCACUCGUUGGUUCUCAGCCCCAUUUUUUUGGAGCGGAUAAAAAAUAUCUGCAAAUGGUCGACGGACUCGAUCCAGACGAGGAAAAACACGAUCUCUCCAUGGACUUCGAGCCAAUGACAGCCACCCCUAUCGUGGCGCACACGAGACUCCAGUUCAACAUGUUGGUGGGCCCCGUGGAAAAGUUCAAGCUGAUGAAGAAGUUCCCAGAAUGUUUGUUACCAAUUUUUUGGAUCGAGGAGGACUUCAAUCUCCCUGACAAGUUGAUGAAGAAAUUGAAAAUGGUUUUCAUGUUGAAACGCAUCAUCGGAAUCUUGAAGUAUAUUACGAUAUUCGUCGGGAUGGGCAUGGGUGGAGGAGCAGCGGCGAUGAUGUACAAAAAUAAAGACACGAAUAAGGAGGUCACGAAAGUGACACCACAAUCGCAGAAUGGCACAAAUGGUGAACAGAAGAAAUGGCCACCGCAAAUAAACGUCAGCACGAUACAGAGCGCGGCGGUGCCGGCCAGUCUCGAUAAGGAUUAGACUCCGUUUCCUUAGAUUUUAAUUGAUAGGCUUCACCGUUCAGAAAGUCUGAGUGGUCACUAAGGAGGAGUUCCGAUUUUAUGCAUUUAUAGCACAUGUACAGUCGGUCGUUAUAAGUACACGAAUAGACUUUGUAUAUAUUUAUAAUGAAACAUUUAUUUGGAAACAUGGAACCUAUCGUUCGUUUUAGACGAACUUCUUUGAUAGAGAUAGAGGAAACUUAUGGGACUGACUGUAAAUAUGAGAAACGUAUACCGAAGUUAGUUAUAGAUAGGAAUGUUUAACUGAUUAAAAUUUAUUACCACUAAUAACAAUAGUUGGUUCACAUUAUAUAUAUAUAUACUGCGAAUGUUUAUGCAUUUAUGCGAAUGGAAAAGUAUAUAAAAUAUGAUCGAUGAAGUACAUUUUACACAAUUUACAUAAACAUCCGCAGCAUAAUUAUAUAACGUUAUUUUCCAAUUUCUUAAAUUCUUCAUUUCUUAUUUAUGCACGUAUUCGAAAUGAAAUAUUAAUACUGUUAGAGUAAUUUAGAGAGUAUAUUUUUCAUACACGUUUCCAUAUCGAUGCACGCCAUAAAUGCAUAAAAUUCCCAGUUCAGUGAUAACGUUAUCAUAUAGUAACGAAUAUAAAAUAAGACAAUUAUGUUCCUGAGAGGCUGAACGUCUAAACGCGCAUCUAUAUUUCAGAGGUUGACUAUGUUGAGUCGAAAUUUGUAACUUUUACGGAUAAAUAGGCAAAGUCACUUAAGUAUCUUUAUAUUUAUAGUUUAUCGUUAGAUUGUUUCUUAGAACAUUAAGUUAGCAAAAUUUCGACUCAACAAAAUUUGCCCCCGAGGUUUAGAUACGCGCAAGUAGAUUUCUAAAUGUACCAGAUACUACGCAGAGAUAAAAGCCUGGUCAGCGAGUCUGAUUAGUAACAGUAUAGUUCUCCUUGAGAAAAGGAGAUUAUACUGUUACUAAUCAGACUUGCUAUCCAACUUCUCAUUUCUGCACGGUACUCGUAUUCUAAGGACAUGGGCCAUUCGAAUAAUCUACCCUCUUCAACCAGGUUCGAAUGUUAGAAUUCCGAAGAGUAUCACUUCGAAGUAGCAAGAAAGAUCAAAGAUACUAGAAAAUACCAUAGUCCCGCGAUGAUUUCUAAAUCUAUCGUCGUAAUAUGCGAUCGAUUAUGACACAAGAUGGCCCCUGUAAUUAAGACUACUCGCUAUAGAAAAAAUUUGAAGACAAUUUUGCAUUUUUUUAUUAUAUAACAAAAAGUACACUAAUACGAAACAUGAAAUAAAAUACAAUAACACAGAAUAUAUAAUUAAAUACAAUAACGUAACAUUUUUACCGUACUAUUGCCACUGUUCAAAGAAAUUAUGUUACGUUUGUAUUUGACGAUUAUUCAUGUUAUCGUUCAUAAUAUUAUAACAUUAUCAGUUAUUAUUAUUAUUACUGUACGGUAACCAGUAGACUGCGGAUUUUUGUGAAAAUUAAAAUCUUUGUAAACACCGCCAGAAAAAUGAAACCCAAAUAGAAAUUUAUUUUACUCUGUAAAUAUUAUAAUACGAAUUUUACUCUCGAUAUUUUUCUAUAUUAUCGCAUACUGUAUGCGUUUUGUAGUUUCUUGCACGCUAAAAUUUCCUGUAAAUCCAUAAAAAUCCACAGUCUCCUAAUCAGUUUAAUAUUUGAUACGGGUAACGAUCGGUAGUGGAUGAUGAAACAGUAAGGGAAGUUAAGAAUGAACCUCUAUAAACUUUAUAGCUACUAAUAUAUCGAGGCAAAUAUUUCUUUAAAUUUAAAUAUUUAAAUACUUAUCCACAUUUUGUUUUGAUACUUCAGAGAUACGUUUCCAGGGCUACCAACUAGAGCAAUCCAACGAUCGAUGGUUUUGAUCCACUGGGAUAGAAUAGCUCCUUAAGAUAACGAUAGGAGAUCGAUAGUGUCGUAACGCGACCUUGAAUAUUGGCAUAUAUACCAUACCUUCGAUGCACGUGUAAUUCACACACUCCUGUCACACCUGAAGGUGUCCUAUGUGGAAAACUCUUAUAUCAAUUGAAGUGUAAAGGUCAACUUUCCGUUACGACAGACUCCUUGCAUUUUUAACGGACAGAUGCACUUCUAAGGAGAGUUUCGUUGCUUUAGUCGAACGCUUUGUCUCUUCGUUACGUUUUUUAACGUUCGAUCUUUUUUUCUUUUUUCGUAAUUUUGUUUUUCGACGCGUUGGAAACAUGUCUUCCAUGAUUUCAGUCAAAAUAAAUUUCAAAAUAGAAUUUCAGUCAAAAUAGAUUUCUAAAUUUUUGUUAACAAUGUUUCCAACGAAGAAGCAUUAUUUACUUAUUACGUUUAUUGUCUUUACUUGUAAAAAUUGAAGCGUAAGAAACAUUUACGAAGAGUUGAUUUAUUUUCUUCAAUUUUUUAACGAGCGUGCAAAAUAAAUGUAUGUUCAAUCGAUAGAUAAAAUAAUAUUAUUAAAUGUUUUUAGUAAUGUUAUGUUUAAAAAUACUCUGAACGAACAAAUUUAUCGUGCUUGAAGAGAGCUAUCAAUUUUGAACUGAAACGUUACAGAUAAAAUAAGUAGUUUAAAGUUAAUUUAGCAGUUCAUCUGUUCUUAUUAUUAGAGAUAUUAUUUUAUUCUACACUUAUUCAAAUUUAUUGCAGUCUGCGCAAGCUUGAUAUUUGUAAAAAUUAUUUCGUUCUUGUAGUACAAUUGUAUGAUACAUCGAAAGAGACAUUAUAAUAAAUGUCAAGCUUAUGAAGUAA